AUGACUGAUUUCGGGCGCGAAGCGGCUAAACUACUACGGGCAACAGAAGAUGCCCUUUAUUAUCGAAGGUCGACGGCAGGUUCAUGCGAAUGGGCGGAUCGGGACCUGAAAUUCAGGACUAGCAGCAGUGCGACGGGAGACAUGAGGGGGAAUUCGAACUUUCCUUUUGAAGCGGCAUGGCGCACAGACAAUGAUGGGGAAAAGUGCGGUGAUUCAGCAGCGUAUAUCGCGGAACUCCAGCGGCAACUGCGUGUUGUGAUGAGUGAGGUAGCCGGUCUGCGCAGUGAAUUAGCCGCUGAGCGCGAUUCCCGCUCUUCUACACUGACAGCUCUGGGUCGCCGCUGGAAGGAGGAGGUGCUAGUUGAGGUGCGCACAUCUGAACAUCAAUCACGUCGGGCGAUAGAUGAGCUCUCUGUCGCCAUUCAACAGCAGCGGAAAGAUGAGGAAACAGCACGAUCUUUGCUACAGCAUCGUGUGGAGGAUUUGCUUCGUGACAGUAAAGUGCGAGACCGCACCCAAUUUGACAUGCAGGAACAACUGCGAGAGCAGGUAGAUGCGAUGCGCGAACGACUGGAGUCAGCGGUGUCUGAGUGCGCCUUGCUUCGUGUGGAGUGUGUACAACACCAAGAACGUGAGAAUAGCGCCAUUGCCCAGCGGCUUGAUGCGGAACUUAUGCGGUACAUCGAUAUGCGAGCGGAGGAGCAACGGGAACGACAGCAGCUGAAGCAGCAGUUAAAGUCUGAUGUGGAAGCGUUUGGCACGCACGUGCAGGAACUUGUUGACAAAACAUGGAAGUCUCACCUUGCCACAACGCGUCGAGAGCUACAGGCGCCGAUAGACACAUUAGUUAAACAGAUGGCACAGCAUACUGAGGGCAUGACUGAUUUGAGCGCCAAAGUGCAUGACUGCACAACAACGUGCCGAGCAGAGCUACGGCUUCAAACGACAACACUUCAGGAACGUGUUUCAGCUGCUGAGGCGAGUGCGGCGGUAAUGUUGUCUCGUAUAGACAGGGCAGAGCGCAAGGCUGACGGCGCACAAGAGGCCGCAAGCCGCGCUGAUGCGACCAUUGCAGUGGUGCGCGAUGUGGCGGAGAGGGCGGUAGUUGUUUCGCAGCGCGCGAUGGCAACUGCGCAACGUGCAGAGGACGCCAUCGAGGAUCGUGAUGCGCGGGUGGCUCAACUGGAAUCUCAUCUGGCUGCCGUUUCGACGGCCGAAAAACUGAGGGCGGACUUGGAGGGUGUACGCCGCACCGCGCAGAGAGCAGAGAGUGGCGUUGACGCCUUACGGCACGUUUACGAACGCGACGUCCAGGAACAACAAAACGAAAAGCGGCAACUCGAUGCCCUGAUGGAUAGAGUAAGUGUUUAUGAGAAACAGCAGCAGCACCUACGAACGUCACUGGAAAGCAUCACAGAUAAUCGCAUACCGCAGCUGCAACACCGGAUCGUUGUGUUGGAGGAAGCCCGUGAGACAUUGGCUGCUGAGGCCAGUCGCGGGGAGAAUGCCAUAAUGCAAAACCAGCAACACGCACUGAACAUUGAGGGUACUGUGCGCUCCCUUAAUGAGCGGCUUGAGCAACUUCGCCGUGACAUGAACGUCAGCUCGCAAGCGUUGUCCACGAGGGUGGAAGCCGCGAACGACGCAGCACUGAGGUGCGAAACGAGCAGUUCGACAUCUCGAGGCGAAGUGGAGCGCAUGGAGCGUCGUGUGGCACAGCUUGAAGUGCAGUCAACCCGGCUGGUCGCGGAUCUCACCAAUCUGCGCAGCACCGCUGACGACAAUGCAAAGGACACCCAAACGCUGUCCGCGCAGCUUCAGCAACAUCAACGUUUGUGGCAAGAACAGAGGGAAUCGCGCCGUGAGCUGGAAGCGACGGCAAUUGCAACAAAUGAAGCCGAGAUAGCAGCAGAACAAAUGGCAGGCCGGCUGGAAGUAAAGUUUAACCAACAUAUGCGGCGCGUGGAGACGAAUAUGGCGGAGCGUACAGAUAAAUUGGAAGCGCGUGCAAAUGAGGCAAGCUCCCGGUUAGAUCGGCUGGAAGACAAAGGGCAGUCCACAAGCUCGCUGGUAACCCAAGUUGGAGAGACGGUCCAACAGCAACAGCAACAGUUCGCCCGCGACCUUCAGGCGUGUAGAGCGAAGAUUGAUGCCCUAAAUGGUACCCUGACGGAAAUUGACGAGGCAUCUGAGCGGCGUUUCAAGGACUGUGUGCUGCAACAGGAUCUGAAUGCAAUUCGCAGGGCUGUGAGAACACUCGAAACAGAACUUCACACCAUUGGGGCUGAUGUUACGCAGCACAAACAGUGGGCAGGGUCUCAGGAGGACUGUAGCUUGAGGAUCAAACGCCUGGAAGACGAACACCGACGCCAGCAAAAUUUACUAGGGGAAAUGAGGGAGACCCUAAGGGAGGUGCACGAUGAGCUCAAGGAGACACAACAUUUUACCACAACACUUUCGCAGUCGGUGUGCACGAAGGAGGUGAGAGCAACUGAGAAGGGAGAUGGGUGGCCUUCUCAAGUUCCGCGUGUUGAAAAAGCGCUUUUUGACUCGCACCGUAUGACCUCUUCCAGUGAAGGACAAGGAAACGUAGCGUCAACACCGGUAAUAAAGAGGAGCACCGCAGGAGAGUCGCUGGUCGCUGGUUUAGCUCCGAACGUGUUGGCGGGCACUUCAAUGCGGAGGGUGGAGUCUGAUCCAUCGCAGCUUGCAGAUUCACCCGAGCCUCAAAAGCCCCCACGACUAUCUCAGUCCUCAGAUAGCAGCCUGAUCUCCCAAGGAAAAAGGCUCUUGAGUCCGGCUCUACCAACAAAAGUUGAAUCAACAGCCAAAGAGGGAAACUUGGCUCAAACUGGUUCUACAGUUCAGGGCAGUAUUGACGACAAGAAACCACCGUCUGCAUCGAAUACCAAGUCAAUUAUUGACCGCCCAACCCAAUCAGCAGUAGCAAGGAAGGUUGAGGGUUCGUCUUCAGAUUCAACAGUUAACACAUUGGAGAUGUCCGUUCCUAUUGAAAAACGGGGUCCCAUUAUGUUUGCACCACGGGAGUCGUCUUCGAGUGCCUCCUCGGCUGAGGCACGCCAGCCGCAGCAGAAGCAACACCGAACCCAAGAGCGAAGGGGCGAUGAGCUGGUCAGGGCGAACGUUGACGCCACUGCGUUGCCUGUCUCACUCAAACCUAGUGAAAGCAAUAGCAGUAGCGAUUCCAUUACGCGAAUGAAACCCUCUGUGGAAAAAACUCUAACGCCACCAUCGUCAUCGAAGGACACAGCCGUGAUGGGGCCGAUUCUCACAGUUUCCAAGGCGGAUUCAACGAGGGAGGAAGAGGAAAAAGGAGACUCUGAAGCGCCGAAGACAAAGGUAACGGUCAGCCAGUACGACGACUGGGACGACGAUUCAGAGGAUCAUCCCACUGCACCGAUGUCAGAGCCGACACGGACGGAAGCUCCAAAGGUUGAUGAGAAGGAAGAGGAAACGAAGGAGGUGAAAACGGCCGAGGGUAAAAAAGCAGAAGGUGAUGGCCUAAAGAGCGAUUUGAGUGUUGUCACUACAGGGAGGGCAUCUAAUGUGCCCCCUGAAACUGGCACCGAUGAGGGACUGGGGAGCAUAGUUGGAAGCCACAUCGGAAGGAGAGGAACAUUUCAACCGAUUGAAGAUCCUGGUGAGGAUAUCAGUUUCACUGUACCGCGGCAUGGUGUAUCGACUGCCAGCAGUGACUCCUCCACAAAAUCUAAAGAAGCUCAAAAACAGAAGCCACCUGCAGUAAAGCAGUUUACUAGUUUCGAUGAUUCGUCGUCGGAGGAGGAGGGUGCAUGA